UAUUCAAUAUUCUCCCUCUUCUUAGCCCUAGCAGGCCUUUCAUAGUGAACUCCCCCUCUCUCUAUCCCGUCCAUACCUACUCGUGGACAACUACUAACAGCCGGCAAAACGCGAUUCCGGCAGCUUGGUGACCGUUUCCGUUAAACGGCGGCAUAAAAUUGCAACUCUCUGGAUUUUUUGCGUACGAUUUCCCUUGUCCUCGCCAAAUUUCCGUGCUACACGGUUUCGCUUUCUCACUCACUCAACCAACUCUGCGGCUUUCUCUCUGCCUCUUUUGCUUUCAACCUCUUUCCUUCGCCGCUUUACCCUUCCAUCGUUUGCUUUAGACUUCUUUCUCUCACGUUUUCAGAAAUUUCGCUAACCUGGGCAAUGGAAAGACAAGGACUCAAUGCCAAGGUCUCAACUAACGAUCGGAAGAGUGAAAAUAUCUCAAGGAAGCGAAAAAUUGCAGAACAUAGAAAGUCACUCCCAGUAGCUUCCGUUGAAAACCUGCUCAUACAAGAGGUGCAUAGAAACGAUACAUUGAUUAUCGUUGGUGAAACUGGGAGUGGAAAAACGACCCAAAUACCACAGUUCCUGUUUAAUGCUGGAUUUUGUCGAGAUGGGAAAGCUAUUGGGGUGACCCAACCUAGGCGUGUUGCUGCUGUAACUGUAGCCAAAAGAGUUGCCGAGGAAUGUGGUGUUGAAGUAGGGCAGAAGGUUGGGUAUUCUAUUAGAUUUGAGGAUGUAACUUCUAGUUCCACAAGAAUCAAGUACAUGACAGAUGGUCUGCUGCUAAGGGAAGCAUUGUUGGACCCUUAUCUUUCAAGAUAUUCAGUUAUCAUUGUAGAUGAAGCUCAUGAGAGAACAGUUAAUACCGACGUAUUGCUAGGAUUUUUGAAAGAAGUGCAGAAAACAAGAUCUAGAUCUUUGAAUAACUCUUUUAAUACUGAAAACAUGAAUAGUAAUGGCCUAGUAUUAGAAAGUGGAAAUAAUGGUAAAUAUGUAAGUUCCCUCAGGCAAUAUCGAGGAAGGAAACUGCCUCCAUUGAAGUUAAUUAUCAUGUCUGCCAGUUUAAAUGCACGCCUUUUCUCUGAGUACUUUGGUGGUGCAAGGGCUUUUCGUGUCCAAGGCCGUCAAUAUCCAGUAGCCAUAUUUUAUACCCGUAAGCAUGUAUCAGAUUAUUCAGAGGCCACUCUUAUUACUAUAUUUCAGAUUCAUUUGGAGGAGAGUCCCGGUGAUAUACUUGCUUUUUUGACUGGGCAAGAAGAGAUAGAAUCUAUUGAAAAUCUUGCUAAGGAUAAGAUUCAAAAGUUACCUGAAAGCAAGAGGAAUUUAGUAGUUAUACCUAUAUAUUCAGCACUUCCAUCGGAGCAACAAUUGCGAGUUUUUGCCCCAACUCCACCUGGAGUUCGUAAGGUGAUAUUGGCAACAAACAUUGCUGAGACGUCUGUGACAAUACCUGGAAUCAAGUAUGUUAUUGAUCCUGGAUUUGUAAAAGCACGCACUUAUGAUCCAAAUAAAGGGAUGGAAUCGUUGAUUGUUUUUCCAACCUCAAAAGCACAGGCACUACAAAGGAGGUAUGGGCGUGCAGGCCGUGAAGGACCUGGAAAAUGCUUUCGUCAAUAUCCCGAGGAUAUGUUUUAUAAGCUUGAGGAUUCAACCAAGCCAGAGAUAAAGAGAUGCAACCUUUCUAAUGUCAUUUUACAGUUGAAGGCUUUAGGUGUUGAUGACGUCACGGAAUUUGAUUUCUUGGAACAACCGCCAAGGCAAGCUAUUUACAAGUCGUUGGAGCAGUUGAUUUCUCUUGGGGCUAUAGCCCAUGACGGCAAACUAUCCGAUCCAGUAGGACAUCAGAUGGCUCGUAUUCCAUUAGAUCCAGUAUACUCUAAAGCUCUGAUUGUUGCCAGUCAGUUCAAUUGUUUGGAAGAAAUGUUGAUAAUUGUGUCAAUGCUAUCGGUGGAAUCCAUUUUUUACCACCCUCGUGAAAAGCUAGAAGAGGCAAGAGCUAAAAUGAAAUGUUUUUCAAGUCCGGAAGGUGAUCAUCUCACUCUAAUCAAUGUAUAUCGAUCUGCUGAGGAAAUUUUGGAUAAGAAAAAGUUGGAACUUAGCAAAGAAAAAUUGGAGAAAAGCUUGAGAAAGUGGUGCAAAGAAAAUUUCAUCAAUAGUAGAUCUCUGAGACACGCACGUGACAUUCACAGUCAAAUUAGAGGACAUGUUGAACAAAUGGGCCUUCCUCUUCACUCUUGUGGAGAUGACAAGCUUCAGUUUUGUAGAUGCCUUGCUGCUUCCUUUUUCCUCAACGUUGCCACAAAGCAGCCUGACGGAACAUACAGGGAUUUUGCAAGUGGUGAGGUGGUACAGAUUCAUCCUUCUUCAGUGUUAUUCCGUAAAAAACCAGAUUGUGUAAUUUUCAAUGAGUUUGUGCAAACUAAUCAAAAGUACAUCCGCAAUAUCACUAGAAUUGAUCGACUUUGGCUAUCGGAACUGGCUCCGCAUUAUUAUUCUCUGCGAAGCUAAAUUGACGUGUUCAUGUCCGAAUAGUUCGGUGACAUUCCACAUUGGACAGCUGCACUUCCAGAAGGUAUUUGGGAAAGUCGUUUCAGCAGGAAAGUCGUUUUGGCAGAAAGGGACCUUUCUCCAAGAUCUGCCAGUGCUAUCUAAUGAGAGUUGUAUGAUUGAAAUUUUGAAGCAGAAUACAAAUAUUGAAACAAUUAGUGGUGGGAAUGGGAUCUUAGUGCACAUUCAAAUUCCUAUUCCCACCACGUUCUAUAUCUUUCAAAAUCAGAAUUGAAAUGAGGGUUGGAAUCGGAGUCCCAAUAGGAGAUUGGUUUGGAGAAUUCCUGUGCCCCAUGAGUCCAUGGUGAAAGAAGUUUCUCAUUUUGUGUAAUUAUAUUAAUUUUGAUAAUUAUAGGCUAUCAAAUUGCCAUGUCUUUAUUCUUAAGUUAAUGACAAAAUGCCAUUUGGUAUCAGCCACAA